UUAUUUUCCAAUCUUGUUAAUCUAAUUGUUUAAUUUUUUUGUAACUGUCAAAAGCGUUAAUUAAAUUGUAUAUUUAUUAUGGCUUAUACCAAUUUUUUGUUCGGUGAAAAUCUAGAAGAAAGAGUUUUACUUCCAACAAAAGAAGAAGUUCAAAAUGAUACAAAAAAGGAAGAAACUGAAGAUGAUGGGGAAAAUUCUGUUGCAUCAAAACUUCCCGAGAAACGUAAAUAUGAAGUUAUCACGGGAGAAGAAGAUGAAUCAAAUGUUUUACAAAUAUUCUGUAAAUUAUAUCUAUGGGAUCCGGAAUCAGCUUUUUGGAAAGAAAAGGGAAAAGGAAUGCUCCGAUUGAAUGACAAAAUGAAGGAUGACAAGAUUUGUUCUCGAUUAGUUAUGCGAACCGCCGGAUCAUUGAAAGUUAUCUUAAAUGCUUCAAUUGUAACUGGUAUGAAGUUUGAAUUAUCUAAUGAGAAUUGUUUAAGAUUUAUAAAUAUUGAUGGUAUCUAUUUAUUCAAGGGAAAAGAAAAAGACAUCGAACAGCUCAAUUCAGCGAUAGAAUGUAGAUUAAGAGAAUUAUCUAAAAAAGUUAAAGUCGAUGAUAAUGAUGAUGAUAAUCAAGAAGAUACUGUUAAUGAACCUUCGGAAGGUGCCAAUUCAAAGACUUCGGAAGAUUCAGCGGAAGAUUCAAAAGAAGAGUUACGACAGCCCGAUAUUGAAGGAUCUCAAUUAAAGAAGGAAUUAGAAAAUAAUGAAAUAGAUAAGAAUGAAGAUGUAGAUGAAAAUAGUAGGAAAGAGAAUGUUUCAGAGAAGGAAGAAAAAGAGGAAGAAAAAGAAACGGAUAAAGAAACAGAAACAAUAACAAGAAAAGGAACAGAAAAAGAAACACCCGAAGAAAAGGAAAAAGAGGAAAGCCAAACUUGUGAACAGAACGAGGACCAUUCAGGAGAAAAACAACAACAAAGUACCAACUCAAAAAGCGAAAGCAACAAAGAAACCGAAGAAACUUCAACUUGUCCACCUGAUCUAGAUCAAAAGUGAACUAUCCUAGUUAAAUGAAGAGAAAAACAAGAGAUUAUUAAUCAAUUAUGAACAAAGAUAAUUUUCGAAAAGAAAAAUCAACCAAAAAAUACUAAACAAAUGAAAUGAGACUCUAAUUUGUAAUAACUACUCUUUCCAAAACAUUUUUCUUCUCAAAUUGUUUCUUAAUUGUUUCUCUCACGGGUUAACAUUUAACUCAUAAUAACAUCUUCAAAUGAGUGAAUUGUCAUCACAUCCACAUAAACAAAAUUGAUCCAUAACUCAUCAAAUUGUCAAAUUGUACGAAAUCAAAAGCAACCCCACUGACUAGGAAAUCACGUCAUCCAAAUCAAAAUGAAAACAAAAAGCUUGAUAA